GUGUUGUUCACUCGUGCGCGUCGCACGCUACAAAUUUUUAGGUUAUGUGUCACUUUGACAGUUCGCGCCAUUUUUGUGAAGUUUGUGUUUUUAAAUUUUUCGCUGUUUUAUUUGAAUAUAAAUGCUCGAGCCACGCGUGAUCAUACACAGAGAAAGUUUAUUUUUAUAAUAAUAGCAAAACCACAUGCGCAAACUUACGAGUAAACACCACAUGUCAACACCUCUACAUAGAGAUUACUGAACUUUUGUCGGUAAAUGAACCUAAGACGAUGGCGCAAUUUGAUAUCAUACCUUCUUACGAAGAGGAAAUGUUCAACGAUAGAAACGACAAUGUUACAGAUCUACACGCCUAUUACAUGUCACAAUUUAAUCUAGAACUAGAAAAUAGCAACAAAAAUAAGAAAGUCGAUAGUUUUAAAUAUAGAGUAGAAGAAAGUUUUGAUUUCGAAGUUUUAGACAGUUGGAACACACCGACAAGUAACGAAGCUGAUUUUGAGAUUAUAGACGAAGUUAUAGAUAGCAAUAUUAAUGAACAAAAUAUUAAAGACGUCCUUUUAGAUUUAGAUAAUAUCGACUUUGACGAAAAGAAUUGUAAAAUGGAUAUGUAUAAGGGACAAGAGAAUAAAAUGUAUGAAGCAAAUAACGACUACAUAGAUGAUGAAUCACUGAUUGAUGAAUUAUGCAGAGAAGAUGGCGAAUCUUGCAGAUUGACGCCGGAUUUUAAUGAAGAUUAUUUAAACGCGAAUACGCCAGAUAAGAAUCUUUUACCGUCAAUAGAUACAGUGUUUUCCAAGAGGUACUGUAAUUUUACUGUUGAUGAUGCCCAAAUGCCAGGGUUCAACAGUGUUACUCCUGUCCAACAAACUGUUGGAUCUGUAAAUAGUCUAGAACAUUAUAGUUAUCCAAACAACAUACUUUAUAACCUAGAAGAAAGAAAAUACGUACUCCCUGAUACUCCAACAAGCUGUAACGAAUUCAGUUUUGACAGAAAUGAAAGGAAGAUUUCAGUUUCGGAGUCAGUUGAAAGCGAUGUUCACAGUUCAAGUUACUAUGAUGAAAAUUCGGAAAAUUUUGAUGAAGAUGAUCUAUUUGUUAAUUUAGACGAUUUCGGUUUAAACUAUGAGACAGAUGCCAACGUGAAUAAUGUUGAAAAUACUAAAAUCCAGGCUUCUAGGAAGAAUGAUAAAGAUAAGGUUCAAGGUGAAAGGGUGUGUUUAUGGGAGCAAUGUUAUGAGAGAUAUCCAAACCAAACUACACUCGUAGAACACAUCGAGAGGGCACAUGUCAACACAUACAAAGGUGAUGAAUUCAGCUGUCUAUGGCGCGACUGUGCGCGCGAACGGCGGCCAUUUAAUGCGCGUUACAAGCUUCUGAUACACAUGCGCGUACAUUCAGGACAUAAGCCUAACAGGUGUCAUCAUCCAGGCUGUGGUAAAGCGUUCUCAAGAUUGGAAAAUUUAAAGAUCCACGUGAGAUCUCAUACUGGUGAACGUCCAUACGCAUGUCCUGCUCCACACUGCAGAAAAGCCUUUUCUAACUCUUCAGAUAGAGCGAAACAUCAGAGGACACAUUUCAACGCUAGACCCUAUGCCUGCGGUGCUAUCGGUUGCGGCAAGAGGUACACAGACCCCUCCUCUCUUCGGAAGCACGUGAAGACACACCCUCACAUCACGAACGUACCUCGCACGUGUGUACCAGCAUCACGACCGAUAAGGAAGCCGGACCAGGAACAGACGGUACCCAGCUCACCUGCUAAGCUGACUACACUACGAUGCAUAAGAGAUAAACUGACCGUACCGAGGUUGCAGAAAUUGUAGAAACUUUAUGAUUUUGGCAAAGUGCACUGAAAUCUUAAAAGAAAGAAAAAAAUAACAUUUAUUCAGCACCAGGCACG